GGGAGCCCGGCCGCCCGCUGCCCGCUGCCCUCUCGGCGACCCGCCGCGCCAUGCGCUGAGCGCCCUGCCGGACCCGCCUGGACGCCAGGACCCAGCCCGGACCCGCUCGGACCCGGCCAGACCCGCCCGCCCCGCGACGUCCCGGGACAGUCCCGCAAGAUGGCCCGGGCCGGCGCCCCGCUGCUCGUCUGCCUCCUGCUCGCCGCCGCCCUGCCGGCCCCGCGGGCGCUCGCGCUGCCGGCAAAGGAGAAGAGAGGCUGGACCCUGAACAGCGCCGGCUACCUGCUCGGCCCACACGCCAUCGACAACCACAGGUCCUUCCAUGACAAGCAAGGCCUCGCUGGCAAGCGGGAGCUCCAGCCCGAGGACCAGCUAAGGCCAGGGAGCUGGGACGGGGCCCCGCCCGAGAGCGUCGCGCGCACCAUCAUCGAGUUUCUGACUUUCUUGAGGCUCAAAGAGGCGGGGGCCCUGGACAGCCUGGCCGACCUCCCCGUGGCUGGGUCGCCGGAGGACGCCGGGCAGCCCUGACCAGCCACUGUUCCGGGCGGCCAUCUGUGCGGAGACCGGGGCGGGGGCCAUGCCUGCUCUCCCUGCCUCACUCUGCUGUCGUAAUUUAAGAUUUUGGGACAAUUAUUUUGAGUGGCAAAAUAAAAAAUAGCAACUGGC